AUGAAAGAACAAGGAAGUCUUGGAACCAGAAUAAAAAGAUUCUUGGGAAACCCUGGGUGUAGGCCAGACGUUAACCACAGAGCACCGAUAUGUUCAGGUGGCGAGUUUUCGGACUCGGCGCCGGAUGAUGCCAAAGACGAACACGAUGAAGAGGUCAGAACCGUGAGUGCUGAGAGUAACGACAGCAGUUUUGACAAUGUGGAGGUUGGUCUUAGCAACGGAAAAAUAUGGACAAUGCUCAAUUACACCGGAUUGAAAAAGGCUUCUUCGGAUCACAUUUUAGAUCGUCUGGUCGAAUUUGCAGGGUGGCAAAUAGUGUUUUUCCUAAUGUGGAUCAUUCUGAUCAUUUGGAUUAUCGUGGGUAUCAUUUACAAGGCACCCGAUAACUGGCAGAUUGUGAUACAAGACGGUCAAUCGAUUCAAUCUUACUUCUGGGACACUCUUUUGAUGCGACAACAACUAAACAGCAGCCACGAGCAUGUCUGGAUCUGCGCGAACAUCAGGUCACGUUUGAGGACCAUAAGAGAGUUCUGUACCAUGGAGAAACCAAAAGAGUCCGGGACGGCAAAAACGAAACUGAGACUGACUGGUGUUUCCGGACAGCUACCAGUUGAGAGCUGGUAUGACAGAGUAUGUUCCAAAGUGUGUGAGCUAAUAGGGUCACUACCUGUUAUGAUUUUUUUCUGGCUUGGCAUUUUCACUUGGAUCGGUUGCGGAGCUUUACCAACAUGCACGGGCAAUAGUCCACCUUAUUCUGCGAGCAACCCAAAGACGGCAAAGUUCAGUGACGAAUGGCAGCUUUACGUCAACACAUCGACCGCCGUCAUCAUCCUGAUCUGCUGCGUAUUUUUACAAAAUAUCAGAGCGAGGCAUGAGAGGUUUAUUGCGAAGUUUAUCUUGACAAUCUCGGCUAUGGACCAGAGAAUUGAGAAGCACCUGAGGACCUACUUCCACGAUUUUGAAACUGAAAAUCCUAACAUAUGCAUUCCUACUCACAAACGCAACACCCUCACCAAAUGGAUUGACUGGUACGCUGAUGUGAUUGGAACUGGUAUCGGUGUAUGCAUUGCAAUCGGCGUAAUUGCGGUUUGGAUAGCUAUUGGCAAACCCAUGUCUUGGAAUGGGAACUGGUGGCUCAUAAUUGGGACUUACACAGGGCUGGUUGGAUUUUUGGACGGAUUCGUGUUGAGACAAGUGUAUUUCAAGAUUGUCCACCAUGAAGAGGACAAUUACGAAAAGGUCGCAGAGGAGGAUUACGCACUCUUUCAGACUUUGGGUCUCGAGUUGUCUGAUGAUUGCAUUGCCCACUGUGAUUCUUUUGCUCCUCUCAAGUCUUUGUCCUAUCGCAUAUCUUCAAAAAUCAACUCUAUUUGCUCGUCCGACUGGAGUGUGCUAGCGUCCGUUGUCAUGAUAAUCGCAUUGAUCGUGAUCGCUUCUGGCCUUCGCUGGAGCGAAACGGGACAGUUGAUCUGUAACACACCCACCAUGAUUAUUGAAGCAUUCUUCCUCAUUGUCUUGCUCCAGGCUCAUGGUUGGGCCGACAAGAAGCGCAGGCUACAAGUGACCGCACUACACGCUCGUAGAGUUGCUCUUUUAUCUUAUGUCGAGGACGUCUACCGGCUUGCUCACUAA